AUGCUCAAAAACUUAUUAAUUGUUUUUUUGUAUUCUCUUCUUAUUGCUGUGAAGGCUGAGAAUGUAUUAACUAUAGCAUUUGGCUCAUGCUUUAAAUUUUAUAGAUCUCAUGACACAGAUGUUUUUCUAAGAAUUUAGUAGUUUAAUCCAUAAUAUUUUUUAUGGUUGGGAGACGCUGCUUAUAUUGAUUAUUCUCAUACUAGAGUAAAAGAUAAAUUUGACAUCACCAACAAUGAUAAAUAUUAUGCUCAAUUCAAAAAGAGUGUAACAAUCAAAGGAAUUUAUGAUGACCAUGAUAGUAAUUAAAAUAAUGGAGAUAAAUUCAACCCUUUCAAAGAAAGUGCAAAAUAAUUAUAUCUAGAUUUUAUUGGUGUAGACAAUAAUUCUCCCCUUAGAAAAUAGGAUGGCAUUUACUAAUCAUUCUAUGCUGAUCAAGAUAAUCAGAUUCUAAUUGUUAUGACAGAUAUAAGAUAUAAUUCCGAUAAAUAAACAGGUGAUUCCUUAGGAGAAAAUUAAUGGAAAUGGUUAGAAGAAUAAUUUAAGAAAAAAAGCGAAUUGAUCAUCAUGACAUCUGGAAUCUAAGUUAUGCCUGAUGAUAGAGAUGGAUCAGAAACAUGGUUUAAAUGGUCUAAAAAGAGAUUAUAUACUUUAAUCAAAAAAUAUAAUAAGCCUAUCAUCUUCUUAUCUGGAGAUGUGCACUAUUCUGAAAUUAUGAAAUAUCCAUGUCCCCAUAGGUUAGGUUAAAAUCUCUAUGAAUUUACUUCAAGUGGAAUGACAUUUGCUAAUUCUGAUCAUAUUCCCUUUUUUGGCUUUAUUUCCUAAUUUUUUCGUCCAACAACUUUUAGUAACAAUUAAGAUCACUAUUACAAAUCGAAUUUUGGAAUCUUAAAAGUAAUUACUAAUAAUCGAAAUUCACCUGUAAGGAUUGAUUAUGAAACUCAUUCUAGUGAUGACUCUAGUGUUGUUUUGUAGAAGACUAUCUAUAUUGAAGAGCUACAACAAUAAUUUUAUGAUGACUCUUAGUCUUGUAUAUUAGAUGUAUAUAGAGAAGAGAGAUAAUGGUAGAAUUAUUUAUUGAGAAUUAAUGAAAGCAUUUUUAUAGUGAGUUGCUCGCUAUUGGCAGUAUUGUUAUUCAUUAUAUUUUUGAUAUAUAAUUUUAUAUCCUAUAUUUCUAAAUUUUUAGAAUUAUAUAAACAGAUAUAGAUGAAUAAAUUAAAAAUUAAAUAAGAAUGA